AUGGCCGCCUCCACGACAGCGGCCGCGUGGUUCUUUGUGGCGUUGGUGCUGGUGCUGGUGCUGCUUCAUGUGACGGUGCCCGCCAUUGCUGGUCCAGAGGACGAGGCGGCAGCGCUGCUUGCCUUCAGGCGUGCGUCCGUGGUGAACGACCCGCGCGGCGCGCUCUCGGGCUGGGCGCUGGCGAACGCCACGGCGGCGGCGCCGUGCUCGUGGGCUGGCGUCUUGUGCGCGCCGGCGCCCGACGGCCGCGUCGUGGCCGUCAACCUCAGCGGCAUGGCGCUCGUCGGCGAGCUCCGUCUCGACUCGCUCCUCGCGCUCCCGGCGCUCCAGCGCCUCGACCUCCGCGGCAAUGCCUUCUACGGCAACCUCUCGCACGCCGCGGCGUCGCCUUCGCCGUGCGCGCUCGUGGAGGUGGACAUGUCGUCCAACGCUUUCAACGGGACGCUCCCCGCGGCGUUCCUGGCAACGUGCGGCGCGCUGCAGUCCUUGAACCUGUCGCGCAACGCCCUCGUCGGCGGCGGCUUCCCGUUCGCGCCGUCUCUGCGGUCGCUCGACCUGUCGCGCAACCACCUGGCGGACGCCGGCCUCCUCAACUACUCCUUCGCCGGUUGCCACGGCCUGCGGUACCUCAACCUCUCCGCCAACCAGUUCGCGGGGCAGCUGCCGGAGCUCGCACCGUGCAGCGCGGUCUCCGUGCUCGAUGUGUCGUGGAACCGCAUGUCCGGCGCGCUGCCCGCGGGGUUCAUGGCCACGGCGCCACCGAACCUGACGCACCUCAGCAUCGCCGGGAACAACUUCUCCGGCGAUGUCUCGGCGUACGACUUCGGCGGCUGCGCCAACCUGACGGUGCUGGACUGGUCCUUCAACGGCCUGAGCAGCAGCGAGCUGCCGCCGAGCCUCGCUAACUGCGGCCGCCUCGAGAUGCUGGACAUGUCCGGGAACAAGCUCCUCGGUGGCCCGAUCCCGACGUUCCUGCCUGGCUUCUCCUCGCUGAAGCGGCUGGCAUUGGCCGGCAACGAGUUUUCUGGUACCAUUCCGGAUGAACUCAGCCAGCUGUGCGGCAGAAUUGUUGAGCUGGACCUGUCAAGCAACCGGCUGGUUGGUGGCUUGCCGGCAAGCUUUGCCAAGUGCAGGUCACUCGAGGUGCUUGACCUCGGUGGCAACCAGCUCUCGGGGAGCUUUGUGGACAGUGUCGUCAGCACCAUCUCCUCGCUCCGUGAGCUGCGGCUUUCGUUCAACAACAUCACCGGGCAGAACCCGCUGCCGGUGCUGGCGGCGGGUUGCCCAUUGCUCGAGGUGAUCGACCUCGGGUCCAAUGAGCUUGGGGGUGAGAUCAUGGAAGAUCUCUGCUCGUCACUGCCGGCGCUGCGGAAGCUGUUCCUCCCCAACAAUUACCUCAAUGGCACAGUGCCGAAGUCGCUGGGUAACUGCGUCAAUCUGGAGUCCAUUGAUCUGAGCUUCAACUUCCUUGUUGGUCAGAUUCCAACGGAGAUAGUGGUGCUGCCAAAGCUUAUUGACCUGGUCAUGUGGGCGAAUGGCCUGUCCGGCGAGAUCCCGGACAUGCUUUGCUCCAACAGUACUACGCUGGAGACACUGGUGAUGAGCUACAACAACUUCACUGGAGGCAUUCCCCCUUCCAUCACCAGAUGUGUCAACCUCAUCUGGGUGUCGUUCUCCGGCAACCGCCUCACAGGGACUGUGCCUCACGGCUUCGGUAAGCUCCAGAAGCUUGCCAUUCUGCAGCUCAACAAAAACCAGCUCUCUGGUCCUGUGCCGGCAGAGCUGGGCAGCUGCAUCAACCUCAUCUGGCUGGACCUCAACAGCAACAGCUUCACCGGCACAAUACCGCCGGAGUUGGCUAGCCAGACAGGGCUUAUUCCGGGGGGCAUUGUGUCAGGGAAGCAGUUUGCAUUUCUGCGGAACGAGGCCGGCAACAUCUGUCCCGGUGCUGGUGUGCUCUUCGAGUUCUUUGGCAUCCGGCCUGAGAGGCUGGCUGCGUUCCCAACCGUGCACCUUUGCCCAUCCACAAGGAUAUACGUCGGCACAAUGGACUACAAAUUUCACAGCAAUGGGAGCAUGAUCUUCCUCGACCUCUCCUACAACCGCCUCACCGGUACAAUCCCGGCAGGCCUUGGGAACAUGAUGUUUCUGGAAGUCAUGAACCUGGGGCACAAUGACCUCAGCGGUACAAUACCAUAUGAAUUCUCAGGGCUCAAGUUAGUCGGCGCGCUUGACCUCUCAAACAAUCAUCUCACUGGUGGCAUCCCCCCGGGCCUUGGUACUCUGAGUUUCCUUGCUGAUUUGGACGUAUCCAACAACAACCUGUCUGGUCCAAUUCCUUUGACUGGCCAGCUCAGUACGUUCCCGCAAUCCAGGUAUGCCAACAAUACUGGCCUCUGUGGCAUCCCUCUACCUCCCUGUGGUCAUGAUCCAGGGCAGGGAAGUGUGCCAUCAGCUUCAUCCAAUGGAAGGAGGAAGACCGUUGGGGGAAGCAUUCUUGUUGGAAUCGCGCUCUCCAUGCUCAUAGUGCUGUUGCUGCUGGUCACUCUCUGCAAGCUCAGGAAGAACCAGAAGACUGAAGAGAUGAGAACUGGGUACAUCGAAAGCCUUCCAACAUCUGGCACGUCAAGCUGGAAGCUUUCAGGUGUUCAUGAGCCACUAAGCAUCAAUGUGGCGACAUUUGAGAAGCCUCUGAGGAAGCUCACCUUUGCGCAUCUCCUGGAGGCGACCAAUGGCUUCAGUGCUGAGACUCUCAUAGGCUCAGGUGGGUUUGGUGAGGUAUACAAGGCCAAGCUCAAGGACGGCACCGUCGUUGCCAUCAAGAAGCUGAUCCAUUUCACAGGCCAAGGCGACAGGGAAUUCACAGCAGAGAUGGAGACCAUUGGCAAGAUCAAGCACCGCAACCUUGUACCGCUGCUCGGAUAUUGCAAGAUUGGCGAUGAGCGGCUCCUUGUGUACGAGUACAUGAAGCAUGGCAGUCUAGAUGUGGUGCUGCAUGACAAGGCCAAGGCUGGUGUGAAGCUUGACUGGGCAGCAAGGAAGAAGAUCGCGAUCGGUUCAGCAAGGGGGCUCGCCUUCCUCCACCACAGCUGCAUCCCCCACAUCAUCCACAGGGACAUGAAGUCAAGCAAUGUGCUUCUUGACAGCAACCUGGAUGCCCGUGUCUCUGACUUUGGGAUGGCGAGGCUGAUGAAUGCACUAGACACACAUCUGAGUGUGAGCACACUUGCAGGUACGCCUGGGUACGUGCCACCUGAGUACUACCAGAGUUUCCGGUGCACGACCAAGGGUGAUGUAUACAGCUACGGUGUCGUGCUCUUGGAGCUUCUGUCAGGGAAGAAGCCAAUCGACCCAACUGAGUUUGGAGACAACAAUCUUGUCGGUUGGGUGAAGCAGAUGGUGAAGGAAAACAGAAGCAGUGAGAUCUUUGAUCCUACUCUGACAAACACAAAGUCAGGGGAAGCUGAGCUCUACCAGUAUCUGAAGAUCGCUCGCGAGUGCUUGGACGACAGACCAAACCAAAGGCCAACCAUGAUACAGGUGAUGGCAAUGUUCAAAGAGCUGCAGCUUGACUCCGACAGUGACUUCCUCGAUGGAUUCUCGAUCAACUCAUCGACGAUAGAUGAAUCAGCAGAGAAAUCAACGUAA